AUGCCUGCAUCUAGAGGAAACGAUGCCCAGGCAAAGGACCUCCAUGUCGAGAUGCUUGAAGACCCAAUCAAAUCGAGUCAAUCCGACUAUGCCGAUAUCGAGGACCGAGGGUUGAAGGAGCGCCGAUUAGUACGCAAUAUCGAUAUUCGAAUUUCAUGGUAUACUAAGAAAGAACUGGCUGUGCGUAUCUCAGUUCUAUACGCCGCAGGCCAAAUGGCUGGUGCAUUUGGAGGGUUACUAGGCAGCGCUAUAAUGGGCGGCAUGGACGGCAAGCUCGGCUUACGAGACUGGAGAUGGCUCUUUAUCAUUGAAGGCGUCAUCCCUAUCCCGGUCGCCUUCUUCACAUACCUCGUUCUUCCCGACUAUCCCGCGACCACCAAGUGGCUCUGUGAUGAAGAGAGGGAGCUCGCUACUCUGCGAAUCACCGAAGAGGCAGUCGAUGAAGAUAACCGAAGCGAAGCAACAGCAUGGCAGGGCCUCAAGAUGACCUUCACUGAUCCAGCGCUGUACAUGAUAUGGCUCAUGCAACUUGGCCUCAACACGGCGGCAUCCUUCACCAACUUCUUCCCCACCAUUGUUGCAACGCUUGGUUACAACCAGCACAACACUCUUCUCCUAUCGGCUCCGCCGUAUGUCUUUGCCGCCAUCCUCGGCAUCAUCAACUCCUGGCAUAGCGAUAAACACCGUGAACGAUGGCUCCAUAUUGUUUGGCCGCAAGUGUUUUGUAGUGUUGGUUUCAUCAUUUCCGCUACGACGCUCAACGUCGCUGCUCGUUACACAGCAACUUUCAUGAUGAUGAGCGUUUAUGGAUCAUUUGGCUGCAUUCUUUCUUGGGUCUCAACAAGUCUUCCUCGACCGGCGACCAAGCGAGCCAUAUCAUACGCUGUAAUCAAUGCUGGCUCCAACUUUGCUUCGAUUUACGCCAGCUACUUUUACCCAAAAUCCCACGGCCCGCAGUAUUGGCAAGCCAACAUUCUCAAUGUGGCCUUCUCAGCCAUGUGUAUCCUUCUUGCCACAACUCUUCACUUCUAUCUAAGGUGGCGCAACAGUCAGCUUCGCAAGGAAGGAGACGCGGACCUGCUGGCAGAAGCUACACGCGAGGGAUCACGGACAAAGGCAUUGGGCGAGCGAUGGCAAUGUCACCCUGCGUAUCAAUACACUCUUUAG